ACGACGCACAUACGUAAGCUCACUCGACCAAAACAAAUAUGGCGGAUACAGUAAUGAUGGUAAAGACUCCAAAACCUUUUGUCUGUUUUCCCCUCGGUUUUUCUUGAUUUCGUUUAUGGGUUCGGCCGUUUUAUAAAGUCGUCGUUGAGCCGGAGAAGUGUUUUUGGGUGGUAGUUUGACCGGACACCCAACAAAACGAAACCUAGAAUAUAAACGGAAGUGUGUGGACCUUUUUUGAAACUAAACAUCCGCCUGUGCAGCGCGUGUUUGCUGUGUUAUGUCAUUAUUUCAGUGCAUGAAAAAUGGGGAAAACAUGAAAAAUAAAGACGUUGAGGUUCAACGACACGAAGAAUGGUGUGCUGAUUGAGAGGACCAACAAUAUGUAACUCAAAGCAAAGAAAGGAGAAAUGGACUUAACGUGGAUACAACCUGAGAGCACCGAGUGGUAAACAGUAAUACUUUACAGAAAUAUUACCAUGGGUUUGGUGAACUUUGUCAUAUCCACUGUAGGAAAAUGUCUGGAUGCUCUCUGCUUACUACUGGACCUGAACUUUGUCAUCGUCCACACCGUGGUGCAGACUCUCCUGGCAGUUAUCACCUUCAUAACCAGCCUGCCCAGCCUCCUUUAUAACUCGGUGCUGGAGCUGGGAAACCUCGUUCUGCUUUGCGCUGUGUCCACCGCGGAGGCGACAUCAAACCUAGCUCACAGCACUGUGGCUAAUCUGGGGAGCUUGUUGCUGGCUCUGGAGGGGCUCCUGGAGAGCUUGAAGAUGGUGGGUUACCUGUCUAUGCACGUCCUACUGCGUGGAAAGGAGCACUUGUGUCGAGGGCUGCUGUCAGUGAUUGAGGGCUGUGGCAUAGCAGUCAGCCUGGUGGUCUAUUUUACCAACACAGUGGUAAACUUUGUGCUUAUCGCUACCCAGAACGUCUACUUGGCUUUGGUCAGCAUGUGGCAGACGGUUUCCACCCCACUGCAGAAGGCGCUGGAGCUCACGUUGACCUGUUUCACCUUUCUGUACAGCAGCCUGGCCGGCACAUCAGCUUUGCUAUGGACACCCUGCAAGAUGGUUUUGGACUUCCUGGUUUCACUGGUGCACAUGUUCAUUAGCAUCUUCAUACUGAACAUCUACGGCCUCGUGCUCACCAUUACUAUUGCACUGGCCACCACCGCUUACCUAAACCCGGGACUGUCCCGACAGAUUGCUGUGCGCGUUGUAGAAUAUAUAAACUCCUUUUCACUUCUCCGUAGAUUAUGUUUGGCUCUCAAUUGCAUCACUUCAGCCUUACUGUGCUUGCCUCACUUUAUACGCCGUAACGUGCAGUACCUGCAGAGGAUCCUCUAUCACAUCUACCGACUGGAGAGACGACUUUGGCAGCAGUUGUCUCACCAAAGCAGCCUGAUUGGCCUGAUGCUCCGACCACAUCUUCACAGGCUAAACAAUAACAGCAACAACAGAGCUGGAGGUGACGGUGACCCUGGGGAAGAGAGGCGGGACCCACCAGAUGGUAGAGCAGGAGAUGGAGCCCACCAGGAGGUACUCAAUCCAGUUUUACCCUCCUCCAGCACAGACAAGCAGCUAAAGAAGAAGUCACGUUCAGGCGAAGAUGGUAAACCUCUGCCAGCUGAGAGUCUGCUGACUCUGCUGAAGGAACAGGAGGAGAGGAAGAAGUGUGUGAUUUGUCAGGAUUGUGCCAAGACAGUGGUGCUGCUGCCUUGCAGACACCUCUGCUUGUGUAGAGACUGUACACAGAUUCUUUUAAGGCAGCCCAUCUACCAGCAGAACUGCCCGCUCUGUCGGCAAAUGAUCCUCAACACCAUGGACGUGUAUCUAUGAGGGACCAGCCAAAGUGGAUCAACUGGUGUCUGAUACCAAGUAGCCUCACAGCCUAUCAGUAUCUACAUGUAUAAGUUUUACCACCACUGAGCUUUACUAUAUAAGGUUUCUUUUUUGUCUUUUCACUUAAAUGGGACUUAAGUGAAAAGACCAGACCAGACUUGUUAAACAUACUGGAUAGCUCUGGAUUAUUUGGGAAUUGAGAGAUUUAAUGAUAGUAAGAAAACAAAAAGUCACCAGGUUGUCUUCUGGUGUCAGAUGCGUGCACACGUUAACAGCACAUGUUGUGCCCUGAUUCCAUACUAUACACUAAAUGUAAACAACACAUAGUAUGUACAAGUUCUCAUGGUAAACAUUUUCUGUGAGUAUGCAAGAAGUCAACAUAUUUAUAUGUGCACAAUAUUUGUGCCAUGAUGUAUACAUUUUGAGAGAAAGCCAGAGGUUUUGUUUUUUCAGCUGUAAGCACCUCUUUGUGCAUUUUGCAUCAAAAAUGUAAACACAAGCUUCUUUUUCUCACAUGACGCCUUGGAAAAUAUCAGAAUUAGUUCUGUUCUCACUUCUGAGAAUAUUCCUUAGUUUAGGUGAGGUAGCAGCGUGGGUACGCCUUGCUUGCUUAAUUCUACGCAUUAUUUUCCACUCCGUUCCUUCAGGCAUCAUAUAAACUUUAUACCCAAGGAGCUAGAAGUGUAAAAAAAAUCAAUUUUCAGAAUGAUCUCUGUUCAGGGAUGCAAUGCUUACAAUGCUUUAAAUAUCAGUCACGUGUGCAACUGUGUGUGUGUGUGUUUGAGCUUUGCUUUAAUUUUUGCCUUCCCAGUGUAAAUCCAUACUCAAAUCCUAGAGUUAGUCUUGAGUUUGGGGGCAAGUCUCUAAUUUAAGAGUAAGCUGUGUCUGUUGCUGUUUGCCACAGGGAUGCACUGAUUAAUCAGCCACGCAUCAGCUGUUUGCCAGUGUUAACCUUGCUGAUUGCCUGCUACCCAUUUAAGAUGAUAACUACAGUGGCCCUGCGAGGUCAAACGGACUGCAACUAAAGAAACAUCAGCAAAUAGAGAAAGAAAAGACUGCAAAAAUACAACAAAAAUAGAAAAAAACAUUGCCAAAGCUAAAAAAAUUUAAGUUUUUAGUUUCUGGGGAAACAACUAUUUGAUGCAGCAGCUGUGGAAGUUACAGAAACCAAAACGUGAAGGAUUGCACUGAGACACACUCGACAGAAGCAAAAGAUUCAUUAUCGUUGUAAAGGAGAAGCAAUGCAAGGCAGUAUAUAUUGUUUUAAUCACACAAUUCAUACAGUACUGUAGAUGUAUGUUUGCUGUUAGCUGUUUACUGUUAGCUUGUCACUUCCACAGCUGUCCUGUCACGUUAUUGUCUUCCCAAAAACACUUUAGUUUUCUUUGGUGUUUUUUUUCCCCUUUAGUUUUUCCUUUAACAGUGUUGUUUCAGUUUCUGCUGUGUUUUGCGUGCUUUUACAGAAUUUUUCAGUUUACUGGUGGGUUUCUUUUAAGAUGCAGUGCAUUUGACCACUCAGAGUUCUUAGGUUUGGUCAACUGAAUGCUCAAAAACAAGGUGGUUAAGAGGUCUGGUAUAUUCUUAAAAUUGUUUGUUUGUUUGUUUUAAGUUUCCCUGGCACAAAUGGAGUAUUAAAUUAAAGUAAAAUCGGUCCAAAUUUCACCUUCAGUGCAUCUCUCGUGUCCCAGUGUCGCUACAUUGAGCCUCAAAAAAAACCUUUUCUACCACUCAUGUCUUAAAUUGUUGUGAUUUCAGUGGGCCAAGCUGUGAAGGAAGGAAGCUAACACUGUGCUUUUACUUUAUUAGUGAACACAUAAUUCCACAUGCUGUACGCAUGAAUGUUGUAUGUAUAAAUGCAGCUUUCACCCUUUAGACCAGAUUCUGUGAACCACUUCACCAUUUUGUCUUUCCAGUCAGGCUUGAUUCCAUUUAUUGUAUCUUAUUUCUUCCAGCUGAUAGGGUCUUUCCUGUCCUCUGCCAGAGGUGAGUUACAGUCACAACUGACAAGUAAUCCAUAAAUGGUUUUCCCUUUCUUUUGACAUUGCUGUAAAACUGAUUUCUGUGGUAUAAAAGGACCAUAAACAAAUAAGGAUUUUGCAAUUUAAUUUGCGGUUGUUUCUCCCUUUUUUUCUGUUUCAUUUAAAAUAUUAAAAUUGAUUUAUGUUAAAAGUUUACAGGACGAUAUUUUGUCACCAGUUAUUGUGUUGUUAUUGAUGGUGGGUGGUGUAGAGAGUUGUGUAAUGGAAAAUACUGAUGAUGUCAUGUUUUCUACUGCAGGUGAAAGCGGUCUCGGUGUCAAUUUGGAAGAUUAUUCAUGAUUCUAGAGCCUGUAGUCAGAAUAGACCGCUCUCAGGUAUUUCUAAAGCACCAAUGGCAGUCCUAACUAAAGAUUGCAGUGGGUAGAAACACAUGCUGAUUGCUGAAUGUAUGAACUGUGUGAGCAGUGAAGGACUGAGUUAACGACAUGAAUGUGUGUUAUGUUUUUUAAAUUGCCAUGUGACUGUCUUGUGUUUGUAAUAAAAUAACAAUCCCUGAAACUGAAGCUCUUCAUCUUCCUUCAUCCAAGUGAAUGUUUUUGUACGAUUUUACCUGCAGAGGAUUUUAUUAAACAACCCAUUAAUUCAUUAAUCUAUAGCAUGGCAUCGAACACCAAAAAGAAGUUUUAAGACCAUCUUAAAAUGCUUUGUCCAACCAGCUGUGCAAAGAUGUGUGGUUUCAUAGAAAACUGAUUAUUAAGUACACCAGUUCAGCUCCUCAUUAAUGCAAAUAUCUAUAGACAACCACAUGGCUGCAGCUCAGUGCGUUUAGGCAUCUUGACAACCAUGUUCAAAACGAGCAACAGAAUGGAGGAAAAGGUCAUUUUAGGUGACCCUGAUCAGCCGCUCUUAGGUUUUUCCAUACAACCAUCUCUAGGAUUUACAGAAAAUGGUCUGAAAAGGGAAAAUUAUCCAGUGAACUGCAGUUUCUCGGGGUGAAAAUGUCUUGUUGAAGUCAGGUUGAAGUAGAAUGGUCAGACCCUUUUGAACUGAUAGGAAGGCAUCCUGUGAAAGGUGUGUAGUAUCCUGUGGAGCAUCUCUGAAUGCACAACAUGUCAAGGCAGAUGAGCAACAGCAGC